AUGGCGAUGGAUCCCCUAAGCAGGAUGCUUAACUCCAUGUUUCCCAAACUCGAAAUUAGUCGGGAAGAUCCCAAUAUGUUGACAUACUCCACCAAUCAUUUCUUCUUUAUUGACGAUCUGAAAAUAGUUGCCCUCAAAGAAGAUGUGUUAGUCAAAAUGAUGGAGGCUGUUAAUGGAUUUUUUGAAAGUGUCGGCCUAGAGAUGAAUUCCGAAAAAUCAGCAUCUAAUGUGGAAUCUUUAUCAUGCUGUGAGACUGUCGAUGGAAUCAACGGAUAUCGCUACUUGGGUGUACUUGAAGAUGGCGGAAGUAAUGUUCUCAAGAAUAAAGUUAUGGACUCCAUAUUGGAGAAUGUCAAGAAGAGGAUAACUAUGUUGUCAAAAACAAACCUGAAUGCUGUAAAUUUGUUUCGUGGAAUCAAUGAAUAUGCAUUAUCCCUAUAUAAUUAUUAUAUUGGGCUAAUCAAUAUUGAACCUUACGAAUUUGAUGAGAUUGACCAACAAAUACGCCGAUUGCUUACGACUCUCAAGUUACACCUCCAGCCUGCAAAUAAGGAGAGGUUGUAUUUGGACCUUUCUUAA